CUCGCUCAUUACGACAAUCACCGGGUCGACGGCGUAGACAGCCAACUUGAAGGAAGUGGAAGACGGAAAGAAAGGACAGGAGCUUGGACCGCGUCGCGCUCUCUCUCUCUCCUCUCUCCUCUCUCUUCUCUCCUCUUCAGAGCAGAGCCAGAUAGUACUCCAAUUGGACGUCAUUUCCCAUUCCUUCGGGGGUAGCUCCUUUUACUGGCGCUCCUUCUCCCUCGUCUUCUCUAUCGACACUGCUGCAUCACUUGUUGUUGUUGUACUUAGAAUCACCCCUUUCUCUCUUGACUUCUACUUUGCAUUCGCAUUGUCCGUUACCACGCCGAUACAUCAAGCAUCUGCUCGACACCAUUAUCAAAUCGUCUGAUUAUCCUCACCAUGUCGUCCAAGCCAGACCCGAGCGGAACAGGCCACUCUGCCUCCUCUAAACGCUUUCAGCUGCCCGCCCUUGACUUCAGCUUUGCGCCUUUGACCGAAGGUACCGAUAUCCCACCUCCCGAACCGUCGCCGAGGAUCAGGGACGAGUCGACGAGAACAUCAGACGGGGAGGAUCUCCAGGAAAAAAACACAAAUGGAAGUGGAAAUGGGUCCCUGGCUCCACCCAAUGGAAAAUCCAGCAGACCACAUGUAUCCUUGCUGACGUCGCCCAUGUCGUCCACGUCCGGAACCACCAAGUCGUCAGGUGAAGACCACCUCACAUCACCCACGACGUCGUCGAGUCGCAAUGGAACCAUCCGCCGUAUGCUCAGUCGCCACAAGCUGAGAAGCCCCCACGUCAACGGCGACGAGACAAUUGCCGAAAAUGGAGCAGCAGUGUCGCCGACCCAGGAACAGCAGCAGCAGCAGACGACGAAUCCUCGGCCGCCGUCUAGCAACCGACCGCCGAGUAGCAACAACAAUCAUGAAGUCAAAAAGUCAAGACGGGUCAGUGGGUGGUUUGGCAAGAUUUUGGGGGGAGGCGACAAGAGCUCGACCACCAGGAACAGGCGCGCCAGUAUGAUGGCUCCCUUUCUUACCUCGCCAUCUUCCCCUGAACCGGCACAGGUACGACCCCUUACGGAAAACAAGCCCAAAGGCCCGCCACCCCCAAAGAUCCCCGAGCUCAGCCAGCUCAAGUCCAAGCUAGACACGAAAGACGACGGGGGCCUUCUUGGGGAUGAUUUGUUCAGGGACAUAAAAUAAGCGGUUCACAACCACCACAAAAAAGAGGCAAAGUGAACAAGAGGCACAUCAUAUUCGCGACAGGCGGGAGUCAUAAAUCUGUGGAGGCUGGAAGCAAUGCCCAGGUCAGACUUCCCAUGAAGAAGCGACGAGUGAGAGAUCAUAAGACACACUUGUUGAGGGGAUGUACGCGGUGGUAACGUGGGGGGAGAGUGAUCACCAAGAUGGAUUGAGACGGUGGAUGUGGCGGAGGUUCCAGAGAUACCCAACUCUUUUGUUUUGUUUGUUUGUUUCCUUUUCCACUUCUUUCAACCGGGUCAUUGUUCGGGGUUUCCCAUCUUCACAUGCAUGAUGAAACAUUUUCUUUUGUUUUUUUUUUCUU